GCGCAACCCAAAAAGCGGGUCAGGGGAAACCACCUUCCCAUAUGUAUAUAUGUAAACGACCGCAACCUCGCCUUUCGCCUCGCCAUCCCGAAACCCUAAUCCUACAACCCGCGCAUCUCAUCUCAGGUCGAGCUCGUCUGUCAAGAGAUGGCCGCGGAAGAGCCUGAAAAAACUGCUCCAGCUCUUGGAGAGCCCAUGGACUUGAUGACAGCUCUCCAACUUGUGAUGAAGAAGUCAUUGGCUCAUGAUGGGCUUGUUCGUGGUCUUCACGAAGCUGCCAAGGCAAUCGAGAAGCAUGCAGCACAGCUUUGCAUUCUGGCUGAGGAUUGCAACCAGGCUGACUAUGUCAAGCUAGUCAAAGCCCUCUGUGCUGAUCAUAAUGUGCAUCUAGUAAUGGUUCCAAGUGCCAAAACCCUUGGCGAGUGGGCAGGGCUAUGCAAGAUUGAUUCAGAGGGAAAGGCUAGGAAAGUUGUGGGUUGUUCAUGUGUGGUAAUCAAGGAUUAUGGUGAAGAAUCGGAGGGUCUUCAUAUAGUUCAGGAGUAUGUCAAGUCCCAUUGAGUUUUGCAUUGAUCUAAUGUGGGUUGUAGGUAGUCUUUAUGGAUCUCAAGUGACAGGUCACUUAAUGCAAACGCAGAAGGCUCGUGAAUUUUGUAGUAGUUAGGGUUUGUUGAAGCCGUUUCCCGAGUAUUGUGCUUUAAUAUGAUCUUUAUAUUUCCUGGUUGUGUCUCAA